AUGAACCAUAACAACAACAACAAUGGCAUGAGAACGGUUGCCAGUGGACGUGGUGGUGGUAAUCGUCGGAAUCGUGGCCAGAACCGCCGGCGCCGGUCCAACAAUAACAAUACCAAUAACAAUACCAAUCAUCAAAGCAACAACAGGAACAAUGCUUCGACCUUUUUCACUCCCAAAGCGGUAGAGAGAAUGGUCUUGGCAGAGACUUACCAAGGACCUGUGCGUGUCUUGUUACACGUAUCAACAAAUCAGUUGAAUCAGUUGCAGCACAAUGAGUUUUGUGGAGGUCAGAUUUUGGAUGAUACGCACCAUACACCCGUCUUGUUGAAUGCCGGGCCCGUACGGCAGAUGGCAGCCUUGACAACAACGACACGGCAAACCAACGGCAUUCUCCAGCUGAUGAUUGAGAUUCAGGGCUACGUGACGAGUAGUGUCAACGGUCUUGGCGGUCCGACGCAUCCCCAGUUUCGUCCCUUUCUCUGUUUGACCAACUUUUGGUGUGCUACCAAUAGUUUGCCCGCAUCACUGGCUGGAAAAUCGUGGAGUCAACUGGUGCGCAACAAGCAGCCAGUACUGACUGCCAGCAACACCCAUGGCACUGUCAAGGGUGGAAACUCUACCAAGUUUCUAUUCGAUCAUUUGGACUCGUUGUCCAAUGACGAUUUGAUGGGAGUUUCCUUUUCGGCAUCGCAACAACAACAGCAUCAUCAACAGCAACAACAAGAACGAGAUUUUGGACAAAACCAAGCGGCAGUCUUUGAAUUCCUACAGCAUCACAAGGCCAUGAAAACACUCCAAGAUUCCAAAAUGAUGAUCAACCAUUCAAACAGCAAUGCUUCUUCCAAUUCCAAUGCGUCUUCCUCGUCGCCAACUAAUAGUAACAAUAGCAACAACAACAAUCAUGACAAUAGCAACAGCAAUGACAACAUGGAGGACGACAAUAACAACAACAGCAUGCUCCUCAAUGACGCCAGUUCCUCGUCCCAAUUGACGGAACAAAAACAGCAGCACGAACUCUACUUUGCGGCCGUCAGGGAAUUCGCCACGUCCCAAAUGGAUCGACAAAAGGCAAGUCUCACGUCCAAUGCCGGACGAGCCACUGCCGUCGAUGCCGCCAAGGUGGUCCAACAGCACAAGGACACAUUGACACGAGUACUGGAAGAAGCGUCCACCACGGAAGCCUGGAUCACCCGACGAUCACUCCUCCAAUGGCACGCCGUAUUAUGCGGCAAUGGACUCCAUCCAAGAGCAGGACAAGUUCGAAACAAAACGGUCAAGGCAGGAAAAACAGUAUUCUUGCCGGCGGAUCAAGUCAUCCUGCAUUUGGAACGAUACUUGCUUCCCGUAUUGCAAACACUCCAGGAACGACUGGCGGAAGUCGAAUCUCCCGUGGCGUGUCUCACGUAUGCCGCGGCCAUCUUUUUUUGUUUGGUCGAUUUGCACAUGUUUUCGGAUGGAAAUGGAAGAUUGGCACGGCUCGCGGGGAAUGGAGCCCUCAAAGCAUGCGGAUUGCCAUUUUGUGUCAAUUGGUUUGCCACUCCCGCACAACGAAAGGAAUAUGUACUGGCGCUCAUUCAGACGCGGCGCAAUCUGUCGCUCGUCUAUCGUGGCGUUGCAACAACUAAUAAUGACAAUGUCAUGGUGCGAACCGUGUUGCCCGCUACGGGACUCUUCUUUCCCCUCGUGGCGUUGUUGAUGGAUCGCGUCCGAAAAUGCCUACCGGAAUUAGUGCAACUACAGCAUGACAAACAGCUAUCCGCCAUGGAACAUGAAGAAGCCAGGGCGGCUCGACGAGCUCGAGAACGAGCCGCGGCAGGGUCUUGUUUGAUUUGUUUCGAUGACAACCCCAACAUUGCUACCUUGUGUUGUGGAAAGGCGGUACACUUGUCUUGCAUUGCCGAGUGGCUGGCAUCCAAUGCGUCCUGCCCCAAUUGCAGGGGCAACUUUCCAACCAUGCCGCGACGUCCUGCGCGACGAGACAACGAUGAUCAUCUUCUCUCCUCUGAUGACAGUGACUCGCAAUCGGACGAGGAAUAUGAUACUGUUUUUGCAGUGCCUGACUUUGGAACCAGUACCGAGGAGUUUUCGGAUGAAGACUCGACACUCGAAGAAGAAGUGCAUGGGUUGUUCGUGGCACAUCACCAGCAGCAGCAACAUGGAAACAACGAAAACGCUGCGAUUCAAGUGGAUGAUAGUACCGAUGACAUUGAAGAGGAAGAGGACGAUACCACGGAGGAGGUCGUUGUCGUCAGCCACCUUCACCAGGCCCAACAACAACAGCAACAUGAAGAGGAUGAUACCACGACGGACGAGAUGGACGACACAACAGAAGAAGUGAUUGUGCAACAGCAAAACAACAAUAAUCAUCCGGAUCCCGACGACACGACGGAGGAAAGUGACAACACGAGCGAAACCACAGUGGGGAUGGCCAACAACAAUAAUGACACUACCAUGUCGGACAACGAUACAGAUUCCACCACACUUGUCGCUCAGCCCGCACAGAAUCAGCACGGCCAAAUUAUGCUUUGUCAGCACUGCAGCAACCGCGCGGCGCUGGAGUGUACGAAUUCAUGCUGUGGUCGGUGCUGCAUGUUGGUGGGCGAAUACGAAUGCCCUCGCCAUGGACAUAUUUGA